UUAUGUCAAAAGACUAGAAAGCCCCCUUUUCAUUAUCUACAUAAAGCUCAAAGCGUCUGUCUUGUUCACAAUUUCAUACUGGGAUCAACGAAAAAUGUCAAAAGCUAUGGAGGUUUGGGUUGGAGAGAUGAAAAAGCUGGGUGAGAAGAUAAACCAUAGAAACACGUUGAUGCAAAGCAAGAAGAGUACAUCUUCUAUUGUGUCCAAACAACAAGGAGGAGAAGAAGAAAGAGGAGUUGCUCAAAAUGUAAGAGAGAAGGAUACAACUAUGUCUGAGCUCACUGUAUGUCUUCUCAUGGAUCGUUUUGUUCCAUGGUGAUCCUCCAAAUAUAGUAUUUUUAGAUCUCCCCUUAGUUGAUGUUUAUACAUAUCUAGAGUUAUAUAUAUGUAUAUAGAUGUUGUAUAUGCAGACCAUGUUCUUAAAUUUCAAUGUAAAUCUAUGGGAGUAAUGUGUUUUGAGAGCUAUAAUUUGUUUUAUUUAGUGAAUAUAUAAUGUUUAAUUAUUAUAAUAAAAAUGAUGACAGCUUUCUUUUCA